UUCAUUUCCAUCAGCUAGGCUGUGAGCUCAAAAUUUAUCGUCUCUUGGGUCUCGGCCCCAUCGUUCUUCAUCUUUCGAUUCAACAAUAGCUGGAGAAGUGAGAAGUGAUGCAUCAUGCGAUCCGUUCCUCUUCGCAAAUCGCAGGAUGACGAGUAGCUUUUGUUAAUCUUGGGAAGAAUAUCAAAAUCCCAACUUUGCUCUUCAAGAGACGACAAAGACCCAUCUUUACUCUAGAUCCGAUCGGUGGUGUUCAGGAGGAGGAGUUGGUAUAAUGCGAGAUCGAUUCAUUGCGGUUUGUGCGGAAAUUUUCAUGGAAGGGAUGAUCUGCGUGAGAGUGAAGAUCCUAGGACGCUUCUCUGUGCUCUAGGUGGCCGAAGAAUUUCUGCUUUUGCGCUAAUUAGCAAUGCUCUGUGAGAAGAUUGCUGUCGUCGUUGCUUAUUCUUCUGGAAGCAGUGGCCUUUGGUCGUGUUAAUACUUGCCUUCGCGCUCGAAAUGGGUCAUUCUUUUGCUGAAGCAGGGGAUGCCCAGAAGAACAACUUUGAUUUAGGAGAAUUUGUGGGAGACUUAAAUGUUGAGGAAGAUGCCAGCAGUGAUGAUAUUUCGCUGGAAGGUCUUCAACAAGAACUGGAAGAGUGUAAAGAAGAUGAUGUAGUAGCCAACAUAUUGUCCAAGGGUACAGCACUCCGUGAUUACACAAAAGGGGUGGAAAACAAUCUGCGGCAAGUUGAGUUGGACUCAAUUCAGGACUAUAUAAAAGAAAGUGAUAAUCUUGUCUCCCUUCAUGAUCAAAUUCGGGAAUGUGAUGGCAUAUUGUCCCAGAUGGAAACCCUACUUAGUGGUUUUCAGGCUGAGAUUGGGUCCAUUAGCUCAGAUAUAAAAAUUCUUCAGGAAAAAUCUAUGGAUAUGGGUCUCAAGCUGAAGAAUCGCAAGGUGGCAGAAUCGAAAUUGGCGAAGUUUGUUGAAGAUAUUAUUGUCCCUCCAAGAAUGGUGGACAUAAUUGUUGAUGCAGAGGUCAAUGACGAGUACCUGAGAACUCUAGAGAUUUUGAGUAAGAAGUUGAAGCACACUGAAGUGGAUCACAUGGCAAAAACAGCUAAAGCCCUCAAAGAUGUUCAGCCUGAGCUUGAAAAGCUGCGCCAGAAAGCUGUUGCAAAGGUUUUUGAUUUCAUUGUUCAGAAGCUUUAUGCAUUGAGAAAGCCCAAGACAAAUAUUCAGAUCCUUCAACAGAGUGUUCUUCUGAAAUACAAGUAUAUUAUUUCCUUCUUGAAGGAACAUGGCAAGGAGAUCUACCUUGAAGUUCGUGGAGCAUAUAUAGAUACGAUGAACAAGGUUUUAAGUGCACAUUUCCGAGCUUAUAUUCAAGCAUUGGAGAAAUUGCAAUUAGACAUAGCAACAUCUAGUGAUUUGAUUGGUGUGGAUACCAGGAGUACGGGUUUAUUUUCUAGAGGAAGAGAGCCCUUGAAGAACCGGUCCGCUGUAUUUGCACUGGGGGAGAGGAUUAACAUUUUAAAGGAAAUUGAUCAGCCUGCAUUGAUUCCACAUAUAGCUGAAGCCAGCUCACAGAAGUACCCAUAUGAAGUACUCUUCAGGAGCUUACACAAGCUGCUUAUGGACACUGCCACUUCUGAGUACCUUUUCUGUGAUGACUUCUUUGGAGAAGAAACUAUCUUUUUCGAGACUUUUGCAGGUCCUUUUGCUGUCAUCGAUGAACACUUUGGUACAAUACUUCCCAAUUGUUAUGAUGCUAUUGGUCUUAUGCUUAUGAUACGGAUAACACACCAGCAUCAGCUAAUUAUGUCUCGGCGACGAAUUCCAUGCUUAGAUUCAUACUUAGAUAAGGUCAAUAUCUCUCUGUGGCCACGCUUCAAAAUGGUGUUUGACUUGCAUCUCAACAGCCUUCGCAAUGCUAAUGUCAAGACAUUGUGGGAAGAUGACAUCCAUCCUCAUUAUGUCAUAAGGCGUUAUGCAGAAUUUACCUCAUCACUUAUUCACCUUAAUGUUGGAUAUGGAGAUGGGCAGCUAGAAUUGAACUUGGAGCGGCUGAGGAUGGCUGUUGAUGAUUUACUUAUAAAGCUAGCAAAAACGUUUUCAAAACCAAAGCAGCAGAUCGUGUUUCUUAUCAAUAACUAUGACAUGACUAUUGCUGUUCUCAAGGAAGCCAGCCCAGAGGGUGGGAAAAUUCAACUGCACUUUGAGGAAUUGCUGAAGAGCAAUACGUCGUUGUUUGUGGAAGAACUACUUCUGGAACACUUCAGUGACCUAAUCAAGUUUGUAAAGACAAGGGCCUCCGAGGACCCAAGUUCCACAUCAGAGCGGCCUAUAACUGUCACUGAAGUUGAGCCAAUUGUGAAGGACUUUGGUAGCCGGUGGAAAGCCGCGAUAGAAUUGAUGCACAAAGAUGUGAUUACCUCUUUCAGCAACUUUCUGUGCGCUACUUUGAAAAGGUGGCACUUAAUCAUCAAACAUCUUAUGAUAUGAUUGCAGCGGUAUAUGUGCUCAUUGUGAUUUAGUAACAGUCGUUCUUGAAGUACAUGAGUAAAUCUCUCCACUUUGUUGAAAUUCAGUUGCGUUCUAACCUUGAUAGGUGACCACUUGCAUCGAUUUAGUCAAAUCACAUUUCUCCAAGCAAUUUCACAUAUAGGCGGUCGGAAAACUUUGAUGCCCCUUGACAUUGUUGUUGAAGUUGUACUUGGAACAAGAAACUCUUGGGAAGAAAUGGACUCUGCAUUUCAAGGGAGAUAGGAAAAUUUACCAGCAGUAUUCAGACUGGUAGAUCGUGAGCAAGGAAAAUACCUACGGAAAGUCUUAGUGGGUAUAAUAUCUCCUUUUGUAUCAGAGAGGCGUAGGCUUUUGCUUAACAUAUUUUGGCCCUUGUAUGUCGCUUUAUGCCUUGCUUUAAAACCUCUUUCUAGUAUUGAUAGCUGUUGCCGUCUUUGCCAGUUGGCUUGGAGGGGUCGUUUUUGAGAUGAGACAUCGUCCUGGUCCGGAUAGUUGCUAUGGGGCAGAAUUGAAGCAGAGGGGCAUAGGUCACAUUGGUUGAUAGUGCCCGAAGGCACAUGAGCUAUUGAAGGUGCUGACUGCUGAGGCAUUUGAGCAAGUUGAGAACCGUGCUUAUUGAAGGUGACUAGGGUGACAUGGAGGGGGCUGCAGCUUGGACAUGGCCCUGAGUAAUAACUAUUGGACGGCAGAGAAGGGUCUUGACUGGUGCCGCCGAAUGCCACGAGUGUCUUAGCGUGGAAUGCAGAAGAAUCUCGGGGGCCUUGAUGGUUCGGGAACCGAUGGCAUCACGCUGCUUCUUACCACCACCAAGUUUAAGCAGCUUUGAGACGAUGACUGCAAAGCUCGAAUCAAACAAGCAUGGACACUGGACCA